AGGGCCCAUCCCAGCAUGGUCCAGGGCCACAGCAUGGCCACAGCCCGGCCCCCAGCUCCUGGCCCCCCUGGGAAGAAACACAUCCGUCUGCAGGAAAGACGGGGCUCCAACGUGGCACUGAUGCUGGAUGUGAGCUCCCUGGGGACAGUAGAACCCUUCUGCUCUGUGUCCACACCCCGAGAGGUCACUCUGCACUUCCUCCGCACCGCUGGACGGCCCCUAAGCCGCUGGACCCUGCAGCACCAGCCCCCUUGCCCCAAGCAGCUCGAAGAGGAGUUUUCGAAGAUCCCCCCCAAUUUUGUCAACCCCCAAGAGCUGGACAUUCCUGGCCAUGCCUCCAAAGACCGAUACAAGACCAUCUUGCCAAACCCCCAGAGUCGUGUCUGCCUGAGGCAGGCCCAGAGCCAGGAGGCCGGGGAUUACAUCAACGCCAACUACAUUCGUGGCUAUGACGGGCAGGAGAAGGUCUACAUCGCCACCCAAGGCCCCAUGCCCAACACGGUGUCUGACUUUUGGGAAAUGGUGUGGCAGGAGAAGGCACCCAUCAUUGUCAUGCUCACCCAGCUCCAUGAGGGCAAGGAGAAAUGUGUCCUCUACUGGCCCACCGAGGAGGAGACCUAUGGGCCAUUCCAGAUCCGGGUGCAAGAGAAGAUGGAGGGCCCAGAGUAUUCCGUUCGACAGCUCUCCAUCCAGUGCCAGGGGGAAUGCCGCUCGGUGACACACAUCCUCUUCGAAACCUGGCCCGACCACCAGACUCCUGAGUCAGCUGGGCCGUUGCUGCACCUGGUGUCAGAGGUGGAGAGCAAGGUGGGAGCAGACAAGGUGGGACCCAUCGUGGUGCACUGCAGUGCAGGGAUCGGCCGGACGGGCUGCUUCAUCGCCACACAGAUCGGCUGCCAGCAACUGAAAGCCCGGGGUGAGGUGGACGUCUUGGGCAUCGUGUGCCAACUGCGCCUGGACAGAGGAGGCAUGAUCCAGACCAGUGAGCAGUACCAGUUCCUGCACCACACGCUGGCCCUGUAUGCUGCCCAGCUGCCCAAGGAGAAGAGCCCCUGACAUUCCCUCCCACUGUGGCUGGCACAUGCCCUCCAGCCACCAGCCUCCUUUGGAGCUACAGACUCCUCCCUGCUCUGCUCACUCUGACUGUCAGACACCUGGGUACCCAAGGAGAAUGGGGUGGCAAUGUCCUGAGGGAGCUAACCGGACUGGCACUGGGACGACGGAAUGAAUGAAUACUGAUAAUGA